AUUUGUGAUUCUCCUGCCUCAGCCUCUUCAGUAGCUGGAUUCUAGCUUCAUUCAUUUUUUACUGCAGAAUGACACUCCACUGAACAGAAUGAGGAUGAGCAGUGGGUUGACGUUCAAGUCAACAAAAGGCAGUUGGAUCAGAAACCUCAGGCGGCAGAGCUCAUGCAGAUCUGUUGAGUUCUUUGUGCCAUCAAGUCCUCCUUUGGACCCUGAGAAGGUCAAAGAAUUACAGCGCUUCAUCACUCUUUCCAAGAAACUCCUCGUGAUGACGGGGGCAGGGAUCUCAACUGAGUCAGGGAUCCCAGACUACAGGUCAGAAAAGGUGGGACUUUAUGCCCGCACUGACCAGAGGCCCAUCCAGCAUGGAGAUUUUGUACGGAGUGCUCCAAUCCGCCAGCAGUACUGGGCAAGAAACUUUGUGGGCUGGCCUCAGUUCUCAUCCCACCAGCCGAACCCUGCACACUGGGCUCUGAGCAACUGGGAGAAACUCGGAAAACUGCAUUGGCUAGUGACACAAAAUGUGGAUGCUUUGCACACCAAGGCCGGGAGUCAGCGCCUGACAGAGCUCCAUGGAUGCAUGCACAGGGUCCUCUGCUUGAACUGUGGUGAGCAGACUCCCCGGGGGGUGCUGCAAGAGCGCAUCAAACUUCUGAAUCCCACUUGGAACGCCGAGGCCCAGGGCCUGGCGCCCGACGGGGACGUCUUUCUCUCGGAGGAGCAGGUGCAGAGCUUCCAGGUCCCCUCCUGUGUUCGAUGUGGAGGUCUUCUGAAACCUGAUGUUGUGUUCUUCGGGGACACAGUGAACCCUGACAAGGUUAAUUUUGUGCACAGGCGUGUGAAAGAAGCCGACUCCCUGUUGGUGGUGGGAUCGUCCUUACAGGUGUACUCUGGUUACAGGUUUAUCCUCACUGCCCGAGAGAAGAAGCUACCAAUCGCCAUACUGAACAUCGGGCCCACACGGUCAGAUAACCUGGCAUGUCUGAAGCUGAAUUCUCGUUGUGGAGAGUUGCUGCCUUUAAUAGACCCACACUGACUCAGCCUGACGUUCCAGAUCCAGAAACAGGGCUUUCCUUUGGAUCCUGCUGCUGAAGAUCCCUCAAGAGUCACCCCCUUUUCCUCCAACUAAUUGAAGUAGAGGGCAGAAAACCAACUUUUCUCUGCCAGCCAAUCUCUGAACUGGGCAGGUUUCAGAGCCAAGAAGUUAAAGUCUUUAGGCUGAUAAGAUUUGCCUCUGAAGAAAGUCUUUUCUAGAGAAGCAGCUGCUCUUGAUGGGAAAACUGCAUUCAUUUCCUUUUUAAUGUCACAUGGCAGAAGAAAUAGCCUGGGAAAUAUGUAGGCCACAGUAGUCUAAACCAGGGAUCUCAUUAUAUCAGGGUUACCAUAAGGGUAGAAGGAAAUGACUUAAUUUAUAAUCCCUAAUAGUUGUGUUUUUAACUGAGCCAUCUGAUACACACACACACACACACACACACACACUUUUUUAAAUAAAAUGAGAAAU